AUGACCGUUUCGACCGCCAUACUCUGUGUGGCCUUUGCCGCCGUCGCCAAUGCUGCGACAUACCCCCAGACUACUGAAAUUGACCUAGUCUUUCCGCGCAAUGCCACCUAUGCGCCGACAGAUAUGCUUCCCAUAGUCAUUGCUGUGCAAGACCCUACUCUGGCCGCGGUUCUGCAGCCGUACUUCGACAUUGAAGUGUGGUACUAUCGCACAAACAGACAACCCGCUUCAGGUCCCUUGAUCACGUUUCCUACCGUCAACUCUUCGCAAUCAGAGCCCCUCUUCCUCUAUUCGUACGUUGCCAACCUUACGGCCGGCUCUUACAAAAUCGACCUGGGCGUUACCAUCGGCAAUUGCUCAGACAACGCGAGCGUGUCCACACCUACUACCUACAACGACACCGGGUUUGGCCUCGUAUUCACUAUUGCAGACGGCGGCCAGGCUGUGGAUCUCGUCUCGGCCAGCGCCUCCGACGUGUGCGCUAACGCUUCCGACUGGAGCCUUACUUGGAAUGUGACGGCCACGCCCAAGGCAACCACUGGCGUACUGACCGGCGGUAUCAGCACGUGUGCGGUAUUGUCAGAGGAGAAGCCGUGGCCCGUAGCCAAUCCAUGCGGUGCAACCGUUGACAAGGCAGCUGCGGCAAGUAUUCUGGCUACGUUGGAGUCCUGGACCUGCGCCACAAACUGCACGAGCAGUGAUAAGAAGAGCACAGCUUCGGAUCGUCUGUGGAAAGGAACAGCCGCUGUCUGGGCAUCUGCUUUGUUGGUUGUGGUACAAUUUCUGUAA